AUGAAUCUCAAUCCUCUCCGACGAAUGGAAACCCUCCUCGAUGAGCUUACAGUCAUUGCAGAUGCCUUCCCCGCCCUCAAUGAACUCAAGACAAAAGUUCAGUGCGAUAAGGAAGCCAUGUCGCAGCUGUGUGCGAGAAUGGGAAGGGCAGAGUUGAGCAAGGAUUCAGAUGAAGAGAUCGACCACGUAUCCGAGGAGCAGAGGAAGCUCGACGCCAGAGCAUACGAAGACCUGGACACCACAGUUUCUUCGCUAGAGGCCCGUGCUACCCAGAUCACUUUCGAGAUGCUACUAGCUCACGCGAGAAUUCUGGCCGAGAACGACCAAUUGCGCUCGGAGCUACGUACUGAGAAGAUCAAAGUCGAAGAAAAAGGAGAGCAAGUUGAUAUUUCGAUUCCAAUGCACAAGGCACUCGGAAACGAUUUAGCGGCGGCGCGAGAUUUACAAUCACUAGAACCUAUGGGAUCUUCUAGCCAUGGAGCCGUGAUACACCCAGGCCGUUUCCAACUCAUCUUGGAUGAGACGACCUCGAAGCUGGCGAAGGCGGAGCGCGAUAACGAGUCCUUGAAGACAAAUUUGACGGCUAAGUAUAAGGCUUUGAUUGAUAUCCAAUUUGAGUUAGGAAGAUUGCAAACUAAGUACGAGAUCGAUAUGGCCAACCACAUGAAGGGAGCACAAAGUGUGGCAGAUACCAGAGUCGUCGACAUGCAGAGAGAACUCCAUAACACGACCAAUGACUACGUUCGUUUCAAGAAAAGCAAUAUACUCCUUAAGCAAGAUAUCAAGGGCCUCGAGCAGAAAGUUAAGAACAAGGAUAUCAAGCUCGCCCGAUACAUCAGCGCCAUCAAUGCUCAGCAGGAAGCUCAGGCAGAGCUCAGCCGCCGACAGCUUUCUCAUGAAGCUGCUCAGGUCGAAAUGUCUGCUUUGAAGAGCCGCAUUGUAGAGCUCGAGAACCAAGUACUCACUCAGAAAAAAUACGCUCAUCAGUAUAGAAGUACAAUGAAGUAUUGGAGAAGACGCGCCGAUGGAUGGGAGCAGGAGUUAACGCAAAAGAAGAAACAACUCCGCACUGUUUUCUCCGAAAAGAAGUCUCUGGACCAAAAGUACGAGAAUGUGCGAACUCGUCUUCAAGGCUUUCUCUCUUCAUUGGAUGCCUCGGAGAAGGAGAGUGAGGAAAGGAUCGAUAAGGAGGAUGGUAAUGCUCUUACGAGAAACAAUACACCCAAUGACAAUAUGGCGAUUGGCAACGGCUCCGAUCUUCGUCGCAUCUGUGCCGCUCCCGCUCAUCGAAUAUCAACUCCUCAGCCAAAUGUACCCAGACCAGGUUAUACUCUAGUCAGACAGCAUGAGAGGGUGCUCCCCGGUCGCUCUUCAAUUAGGUCGACAUAG